AUGGAAAACCUUACGCCGGAACAAUGGCGGGAGAUCGUGAACAAGAAGAUGCGCUUCCCGCCGGAGCUGAUCACGGCCAUACACGAAGGGAACACGUUGGAGAUCAGCAGGCUGCUGACCACGCCAGACGGCAUGCUCCGACAGCUGGACGAGUCCGAGGACCGGCUGUGGAGGGAGGCCCUGAACCUGGCCAUCCGCCUGGGCAAGGAGAGCACCCUGGACACCCUGCUGGAGACGGUCAAGUUUGACUUCCGGCAGAUCCACGAGGCGCUGCUGGUGGCAGUGGACACCAACCAGCCGCGCGUGGUGAAGAGGCUGCUGGACCGGCUGGACCUGGAGAAGGGAAACAAGAUGGACGUGCACUCCUUCUCCCAGGCCAUCUUCGACCACUCCAUCGACGACUCGCAGUUCGCCCCCGGCGUCACGCCGCUGACGCUGGCCUGCCAGAAGGACCUCUACGAGAUCGUCACCAUGCUGACCCAGAAGGGCCACAACAUCCCCCGCCCGCACACCAUCUCCUGCAUCUGCCUGGAGUGCCGCAACGGGCGGCAGUACGACCUGCUCAAGUUCUCGCUGUCCCGCAUCAACACCUACCGCGGCAUCGCCAGCCGCGCCUACCUGUCCGUGGCCUCCGAGGACGCCAUGCUGUCCGCCUUCCGCCUCAGCCGGGAGCUGCGCAAGCUCUCCAAGAAGGAGCCCGAGUUCAAGCCCCAGUACCUGGCCCUGGAGGAGCUGUGCCAGGAGUUUGCGGUGGAGCUGCUGGGAAUGUGCCGGAACCAGAGCGAGGUGACCACCAUCCUCAACAACUGCGGCGAGGAAGGCGAGGAUGAGCUAGACGAGCAGACCUUCGAGGAGGGCAUCCCCAACCUGGAGCGCCUCCGACUGGCUGUCAACCUCAACCAGAAACAGUUUGUGACUCACCCCAUCUGCCAGCAAGUACUUUCCUCCAUUUGGUGUGGCAACCUGACCAGCUGGAGGGGCAGCAGGACCGCCUGGAAGCUGCUGGUGUCCCUGGGGAUCUUCCUGGCCAUGCCCCUUCUCUGCCUCGUGUACUGGAUAGCCCCCAAGUCAAAGAUUGGAAAAACCCUGAAAAUUCCUGUAAUCAAAUUCCUGCUGCACUCCGCCUCCUAUAUGUGGUUCCUCAUCACCCUGCUGGGGGAAUCCAUCAGCAUGGAGGUCUACCGCCAGGACUUUGCCUCCCGCAAGCAGAACAUCCUGCACAGCUCCCUCCACAUGGUCUGGGUUGCUGGUUUCUUUUGGUUCGAAUGUAAGGAGGUGUGGAUUGAGGGCCUGAGAAGCUACUUCCUGGACUGGUGGAAUGUUCUGGACAUGAUGGUCCUCAGCAUGUACCUGGCCUCUUUCGCCUUGCGUGUCCUCAUCAUGCUAAAGGGCUACGUGCUGUGCCAGGGCUUGGGACUGGGCUAUGGAGAGGAGUGUGAGUACUUCACCCAGACAGAGAGGAAUGAGUGGUGGCAGGAGGACCCCCAGUUCAUCUCAGAGGUGCUGUUUGCAGUGACCAGCAUGCUCAGCUUCACUCGCCUGGCGUACAUCCUGCCUGCACACGAGUCCCUGGGAACCCUGCAGAUAUCCAUUGGCAAGAUGAUUGAUGACAUGAUGAGGUUUCUGUUUAUCCUGAUGAUCAUAGGAACAGCCUUCCUCUGUGGAGUCAACAACAUCUAUGUGCCUUAUAUAAUCUCUCCACGUCUUGGCCGGUUCAAUGAAACGUUUCACUUCCUGUUCUGGACCAUGUUUGGAGUAGCCAAUCAGGGCUAUGUGGAUAUGCCGGAGUUUGUGCUGGCCGAGUUUGUGGGUAGAAUGCUGUACGGGAUCUUCACGCUGGUCAUCGUCAUCGUCCUGCUCAACAUGCUUGUCGCUAUGAUCACCAAUUCAUUCCAGAAGAUUGAGGAUGCUGCCGAUGUGGAGUGGAAGUUUGCCCGUUCAAAGCUCUACCUGAGUUACUUCCGGGAAGGCCUCACUAUGCCUGCUCCUUUCAACAUCCUCCCGUCACCAAAGGCUGCCUUCUACCUGAUAAGGGGUAUUUUCCGGAAACUCUGCUGCUGCUGCAACUUGAACCAAGCACAGGAUUAUCCGCCCAUUCCCUCCAUAUCUAACGGAGCACAGAGCGACGGUGGUGGCGUCGGGGAGAGUCGCUCUCCCUACCGGCUGCAGGUGAUCAAGGCGCUGGUGCAGCGCUACAUCGAAACCGCCCGGCGGGAGUUUGAGGAAACCAAACGCAAAGAUGUGGGGAACCGGAUCACGGAGCUGAGCAAACUGAUGGGGAAGCUGCACUCUGAGCUGAAGCAGAUGCACCAAUCAAUGGGGAGCAGCAGUGGCGGGGCCAAGGGCGGGGACUCCGAGGUGCUGUCAAAAUACAUCCAGGGGGCCAAGAAUAACUUCCGGGGGUUCAACACCACCCACGGGGAGGCCCCUUCGUUCGCCAUAGCGCUGCACAGGAACAGGCCUGAUGAUGAUGACAUCGUGCAGGCGCUGGGUCACAGUGUGGCUCCUCACCCAGCUGAUUAA